UCUUUUUUUGCUUUGAUGUACAAUAUUUAUCUCAUGUUACACAUAUCAUUAAAGUUCUCCACCCCACCCCUCACCUUUGCUCUUUCAUUUGCAGCUUCAUUUCAAAGUACCCUUGGAACUCAAAAUGAGGAUGAUCCUACUAAUACGACUAUUUUCGUUGGGAACUUGGAUUCCAAUGUAACGGAUGAUCAUCUCAGGCAGGUUUUUGGACACUAUGGGCAAUUGCUUCAUGUAAAAAUACCAGUAGGCAAGCGUUGUGGUUUUGUUCAAUUUUCUGACAGAAGUUGUGCUGAGGAAGCUCUACGAGCUUUAAGUGGAACUCAGCUGGGUGGACAAAGCAUCCGCCUUUCCUGGGGUCGUAGUCCUUCAAACAAGCAGCAGCCUCAGGUUGAUCCGAACCAGUAUGGUGGUUAUUAUGGGUAUACACCAGGAUAUGAAGCCUAUGGUUAUGCUCCACCUGCUCAGGAUCCAAAUAUGUACUAUGCGGGCUAUGCAGGGUAUGGAAAUUAUGCACAACCUCCACAGCAACAGCAACAAAUGUCGCAGCAGCCCCAGUAAUCUGCUGGUCAAAGGUAUUGCUGAGAGCUUCCAGUCAUGGUAAGGCAUUGUUGUUGAAAAGCGGAGCACAUGUCAGUUGAAUGCAGAGGUAGUAUAGUUUGUUAUCUGUAGGUUGGUUCUUGGAGAUACAUUUAUGUUCUGGGCUGCUAGCUGUCUGUUUCAAUAGCUGGCUUCUUUUCUAUUUCUUUUUUCUCGCUAUAUUGCACAUGUGCCAUUUUGGUUAUAUGUGUGAUCUAGCUAUGGUAAAGACCUCAGAGAGAUCAAGGGCAUCUUUUUAUUCUUACGCGGUUUUGGCAUGUCAGGCGGUGUGUAUUUUGAUCUAUUGUGGUACUUUUAUUUCUAAUAUUUGUUCUAGAUUUGGUUUUGUUUACCAGUUCUUUUAAAUUAUAACAUCUUGCUGGUUUAUUACCAUCUUUGACUUUA